CUUGGCAAUGUUUUGGAUUUGGCUAAUAAAUAGUGAAAUCAAAUUUAUUUGAUUGUUUCUGUGUAACUUUUAAGAUUUUGAAACCUUUUAGAUUCUGACGGUUCCUCUGUUUUGUCUGUUUCUGUUUCUUGAAUCUGGCAGGUUUUAUGCUUCUGAAGUACUUCUUGCUUUGGAGUAUCUUCAUAUGAUGGGUGUAGUGUACAGAGAUUUGAAGCCAGAGAAUGUAAUGGUGAGAGAAGAUGGUCACAUUAUGCUUUCUGAUUUCGAUCUUUCCUUGCAGAGUUUCGCGAGUCCUAAACUGGUUCAAUCCACUUCACAGCCUUCUUGUGACAUUGCUACGUACUGUGUCCAACCUUCAUGCAUAGUAGAUCCAUCCUGCAAAUUACCUAUAACAUGUAUCCAACCAUCGUGCUUCAAGCCACGUUUCCUCAACAGUAAACCAAGAAAGGCCAACAAAACCGAGAAAGGCGGUUCAGAUUCACUCCCAAUGCUAAUAGCUGAGCCAACGGAUGCUCGGUCUAUGUCCUUUGUGGGGACUCACGAGUAUUUAGCUCCUGAGAUCAUUAGAGGAGAUGGUCAUGGGAGUUCUGUUGAUUGGUGGACUUUUGGUAUAUUCCUCUACGAGUUGUUAACCGGGAAAACGCCGUUUAAAGGUAACGGUAACCGCGAAACGCUAUUCAACGUUGUAGGACAACCGCUGAAGUUUCCCGAAGGGUCUAUAAGUUUUGCAGCUAAAGAUUUGAUUAGAGGUUUGCUUGCUAAAGAUCCUAAGAAGAGGUUAGGUUUCAAGAAAGGUGCAACAGAGAUUAAGCAACAUCCUUUCUUUAACAAUGUGAAUUGGGCUCUAAUCAGAAGCAUGAACCCUCCAGAGAUACCCAAACCUAUCGAUCUUUCCAUACUAAAUGAAACCCUCAAAUCAUCAGUUCAGCAACAACAACAACAAGAAAAGCAUUCACAGCAAUCAGAUUCUUCAUCAGGUCCUUAUUUAGAGUUUGAGUUCUUUUGAUGCAAACCUGUAUGGGUACAUGUAUUCAUUUUCUCCAUGAAUUUUUCUUUCUUUUGCUUUUAGCUUGUGUUUCGGUCUUUUAAGCAUUUGUAUUAAGCAACAGUUUUGCGUUUGCGGGUUAGGUCAUGGUUUGA